AUGAAAUAUGUCAUUGACGAAGUUGGCGACCCCUUUCGCAGUACUCCGCAGACUCGACUCUGGGGCGACCAUCUACAGCUGUACAUGCUCGAGCGGCUUGGACAACCCACGCGGGAAGCCUUGUGGCGGCUGCACUACUCGAAUCAACAGCUUUUGAAGACACAAGGAGCCUUCAAUUCUCUAGGGCGUCGUCUGGGUACAGAUCUCGUGCAGAGCUAUUUUACAUACUCGUACACGCAUCUACCGAUAUUUCAACGUCAUGACUUAAUCACCUUGCAUGAGUCCGGGGCAGGUCUGUCACCGUUGGUUGCCAAUGCUGUCUACUUCAUCGGCACACUUCACUGCAGCAGCAGUACCAUUGAUGCACUUGGUUUCGGCACGCGAUACAUGGCCAGCACGACUUUCUAUCGGCGUGCAAAAGCCCUCUACGAUGCAGACUGCGAGUCAGAUGGCCUGGCAAACGUUCAAGCUGCCAUACUCUUGUCGCACUGGUGGGGAGGACCCAUGGACCCUAAGGACACUUGGCACUGGCUCGGUAUUGCAUCUGGAUUGGCACAGUCGCUAGGGAUGCAUCGAAGCAAAUCGUAUGCAUGCCUACAGCCUCAUCGUCGAACGCUCUGGAGGAGGAUCUGGUGGGUGCUAUACAUCAACGACAUUCACCACGCAGCGGUCUUUGGCCGACCUCCCCAUAUCCAUCCCUCCUUCUGCGAUGUCGGGCCGCUAUCGCAUGCGGAUUUUGACGACGACGACGGGUCCAGGCCGAACGAGUCGACAAUAUACCUCAUUUACCUUGCAGAGUUAGCGCAACGCGUUGCUGGAUGUUUGUUCGCCAAAUUCUUACCCGACGACCGCUCCGCUGAACGUGCAAGUCAUUAUCGCAAGCUUCAUGAUUUCAAACAGACCCUCAGCUCGCAAUGCCCCAUCUCAUGCUCUGCUAUUUCAGCUGACAAGGGAUUCUGGCCCUCAAUGCUGCACCUCUACCACUGCGACUAUCAGAUCGUCUUUCACCGAAUGCUCUCGGACGAAGACGACAGUUCAACGACGUUCACUGCUGCCGGAAACGUCAACAGACUCCUGGAGGACUUGCUAGCAUCUGGCCUGCUGGCCCGCGCUCCAUUCAUGACCUUCCCCGCGAUCUUUGCGUCGAUCUUGGUGAAUAUAAUCCACAUCCGCAAAGGCGAAGCACACAUCAAAACCCUGGCAGAGAGCCGAGCACGCUUCUCCAUGCGCGUCCUGGCCGACUUUGAGGACGCUUGGCCCAUCGUCAUCUGGACUCGGCAUCUGCUCGAACGCCUCCUCAGCACUUCUUCUUCUGAGCAGGGCGACGAGCCGUGGGAAUCGGCCGUCCAACCUCAAGCUACCAGGACCAGCCCUAGGGCACUCCGCGAUGCGAAUAGUCGAAUCCGUCUGCAUGGCCCCGCUGGAUCACCAACGGAACGCAAUCAACCCCAACCGAGCCCGAUAGUUGCUGAUGCCGGCACCGAAACCGACUUUGCAGCCAUGCCUCUCAUGUUCCCAUUUGACGAUCUUGCUGAAGGUGCGGGCCUUUUGGGAACAGAGUUGUGGAAUCUUGAUUGGCAUGGUUGA